AUGGAAAAAUAUAAUAGAGAAUUUGCCCUAGGGACAUUUUACCAGACUUUCUCAACCUCCUUUGCCUUUUCUUGUCCAUAUAGCUGCCAUUUGGGCUCUCUUGCAUCAGCCAAGACAAAGUUAAAAGACGGGAAACAGAAGGCUACAAGCUUAGUGAAACAAGCGGUGAGCCUGGCGAAGCGGCGGGGCCAUGCCCAAGUCACUCCUCUUCAUGUGGCUAGUGCCAUGCUAGCUACUUCCUCAGGACUUCUCAGGAGGGCCUGUUUGCAAUGCCAUUCCCAUCCUCUCCAAUGCAAGGCAUUGGAGCUUUGCUUUAAUGUCUCACUAAACCGCCUUCCUGCUUCGAGUCCUAGCCCACUCUUAGCCCCUCAUUACCCCAACCCCACGUUCUCAAACGCCUUGGUCGCGGCCUUCAAGAGAGCUCAGGCUCACCAACGCCGCGGUUCGAUUGAGAACCAGCAGCAGCCUAUCUUAGCCCUCAAAAUAGAGCUUGAACAGCUGAUCAUAUCCAUAUUGGAUGAUCCUAGUGUUAGUAGAGUCAUGAGAGAGGCCGGUUUCUCUAGCACCCUUGUUAAGAGCAGGGUAGAACAGGCUGUUUCUUUGGAGAUUUGUUCCCAAGCUAGUACCACUCCUAAUAAUCAGUCCAAGGAGAGUGUUAAACCUCUUGACCUUGUUUCCCAUGUGUCCCAACCCACCAUGCCUAAUUCCGCCCAGUUUUCGGUCCCAGUUAGCAAACUACCCUUUGAGCAAAUUAGGCAUGAGGAUGUCAAUAAUGUGUUGAGUGUCAUGGUUAACAAGAGAAAGAGCACUGUCAUUGUUGGGGAGUGUUUGGCCACAGCUGAGGGUGUAGCCAGGGGAGUGAUGGAGACAUGUGAGAGAGGAAGCAAUAAUGCCUGUGGGAAUUUUAGGUACUUGCAGUUUAUCAAUCUUCCACUCUUCUCUUUGAGGAAUAUUUCAAAGGAAGAGGUUGAGCAAAAACUGAUGGACCUUAGAUGCCUUGUUAAGGGCUAUAUUGGUAGAGGGAUUGUGUUGUAUUUAGGGGAUCUCACUUGGGUUUCUGAGUUUUGGUCAAACACUUGUCCCCAACAAAGGAGAAGCUCCUACUUUGGUGUGGAGCAAAUAAUCAUGGAGCUAAAAAGAUUGGUCUCUGGAUCAGUUGGGGAAACUAGUGGUAGAGUUUGGCUAAUGGGAAUCUCAACCUUUCAAACUUACAUGAAAUGUAAAGCAGGAAAUCCUUCCCUGGAGGCAUUAUGGGAACUUCACCCUCUUACUAUCCCAGUUGGAAGCUUGAGCCUAAGCCUCAAAUUAGAGAGUGAUCUGGAAGCUGAUGUCAGUUCCAAGGCAUCCAAAGACAUUGCAGAUGAGAAGCAACCAAGUUGCUUUGCCAACUGUUCAUGUAACAAUACCAAUUCCAGUACUACAAUCUCAAACUUGCCAUCAUGGCUCCAAAAGUACAGGGAAGAGAACAAAAGAUCAAACGCAAGCAAUAAUAAUCAUCAGGAAUAUUGUAUCACAGUUGGGGAUAUAUGCAAGAAAUGGAACUCAUUUUGCAGUUCAGGACAGAAAAAUCCCCACUUUUCUGAUAAGCCCUUCCAUCUCUCUUCAUUAUCUCCUUCCUCAAACUCAUUCUCUUCUCUGGGCAAUUUGUACGAUCAAUCUCACCAUAGUUUGGACUUUAACAAACAGUCACCAAAAGAGUACCAAUUCUGGGUCCUAGAAAACAGUGAGGAUGGCUAUGAAAGCAAUGUCAAAAUGUUCAAUAUUCCAGAAAGAGAUAAUGCCAUUGACGAGCCUGCCAAGCCGGAACUUCUAUCGAAUCCCAACUCCAGUCCUAAUUCAGCCUCUUCAAGUGAGGUCGUGGAAGAAGAUCCCGAAGACCUCGAGAGUUUCAAGGAGCUUAAUUCUGAGAACUUGAGAAUUCUCUGUGAUGAGAUGGAGAAGAAUGUGCCAUGGCAGAGGGAAAUCAUCCCCGAAAUCGCGACGACCGUGCUUCAAUGCAGGUCAGGAAUGAGCCAAAGGAAAGGCAAUUAUUAUUCCAAGAGUACUAAACAAGAAAGCUGUUGGCUUUUCUUUCUUGGUGGCGAUUCAAAUGGGAAGGAGAAGAUUGCAAGAACAUUGGCUAAACUAAUCUUUGGCUCGCAAAACAACUUCGUAUCGAUCGGUCUUAGCAGCUUCUCAUCGAGCACCAGAUCAGCUGAUUCCGCCGAAGAAUCCUGCAAGAACAAGAGGGCGAGAGAUGAAAAGGGUUGCAGCUAUGUCCAGAGACUCGGCGAAGCGGUGAACGAGAAUCCUCGAAGAGUGUUCUUCAUGGAAGAUUUUGAGGAAGUUGAUCGCCAUUCUCAAAAGGGUGUCAAGAAAGCGAUUGAAAGUGGAAGAGUAACACUUCCUGGUGGUGAAACGGCUCCGAUUAAGGAUGCCAUUGUCGUUUUCAGCUGCGAAAGCUUCGGUUCGGUUUCGAGGGCUUGUUCUCCGGCCACAAGAAUAACAAUGUCAAGCCAAAAAUCUGAUCAUGCAACGAUCAGAAAGAAAAAUGAUGACGGUGAUGGUCGUAAUCAACGGCCUAAGGAGGAUAAAAGCCCGGGAGUUUCACUGGAUUUGAAUAUUGCAGUUCGUGAUGAUCAUGAUCAUCAUGAUGAUGAAGAUUCAGAUUCCAAUAUUGACGUUAACAUUUUGGAAUCUGUUGACAGGAAAAUUGUUUUCAAAGUUCAAGAGUUGUAACGGCCGGAGGGGAUUAUUGCGUCACAGUUAACUUUUGGUUGUUAUUUAAUUUUAGGUGUAUUUUUUGUUUUUGUUUCUUUUUUCUUUUUUGUUUUAUCUUAGGUUUUUGUUUAAGGAUUUUGUAAGAAGUGUUUUAGAGGAGGGUAUUUGGGCUUACCUAGGAAAACGAGAACACACUAUUUAUGACUACUCAAUGACAUGUAUAUAUUAUCUUUCUUUAAGAAGUUUAUAUAGAAGUGACU